AAGAAGUUUUGAUGGUGAUCCACAAAGGCUGCGCCAGCAAGGACCUUAAGAAUGAAACAGAAUUUAUAACCUCUGGUGACCGACACUUUGCCAUCCAGUUCAACGAGAGCUACUGUUUUGAUGACCUUUGCAAUGCGAAAACAGAAAAGAGGGAAGUUCCCAGGACCCCUAUUGAGGACGGAGCAGCUGAAGCAAGCGGCUCCAACCAGUGUUACGCAGGAUUUGCUUGGGGCCCCGGUGAAACCGUCCAGCAGACUAUGACAUGCAGCAGGGGCUACAACCGGUGUUACAAUGGCACCAAGAGCAUUUCAGUAGGACCCCUUUUCGUAUCCAUGAUCUUCAGGACCUGCCAGCGUCCAGCCUGUGAUGUGUCUGAGAGCCAAUCCUUUGGCCCUAUAAAUAUCACCAGCGAGUCAGGGUCUUGUUGUUCAGGCAGCAGUUGCAACGAGGAGGAGGUUGGCAUUCUGAACAAGGGAAUCAACCCAACAGCUCCUGUCAAAAUAGAUUAUGAUGUGAGGAACAUCGCCAACCCAAACCUCUUUUAUGAUCAGGAUGAGGAUGAGGAUGAGAGUGAUAAACUCAUACGUACAGAAUGGCUUGUCCCCAUGCAGUCAGGUUCCCAAGGGUUCAGCCUUCAGCUUUGCCCUCUCCUGGCAGCCCUAGGAGCCACCAUCCUCGGGAUAUGGGGGUGAGGAAGGGGGUUUGGGAGUACCUGAACUGCCAGCAUUUGGGUUUGGAAGGGCUGUGUUGUGGAGCACAGAGGAAGGAAGAAGGGAGGGGAAUUAGUGCUCCAAGACAGUGAUCAAUCCCAACCAAUUGCAUGUAUGGCUCAUAUAUUUAAUAAAAUUUUAUUUUGGAUGGCCACCACCUUGGAGUCGAUUCUCCCUCCCAAAACCAAGCAAUUUGUUUGCUUCCCAGGACCCCACAUAUUUGGGCUGUGAUGGCAACAUACUAAGGGCUAUACCCAUUUCAGUUCUACUCAGGCAAUAAACCUAUUGAACAACAAUGCUAUUAUAAGUACCUGGGCUUGGGUUUUAAUUCAAAACUGUCCUGGAAGCCACACCUACUUGCAGCUAAAUUGAAACCCUCUCACUCUAUUCACUCUUUAUUAUGGUUUUCCAGAGUUUGGGGGGGGGGCGGGAGUUUAGUUGCCCCACAGCUGAGGUAUUUCAAAAGAAGAUUGUGCCACAAUUAUUGUAUGGUGCAGAGAUUUGGGGAUAUAGUAAUGGCCGCCCGUUAGAAGUGGUGCAGAACUCUUUCCUGAAGUCACUGUUGAUUGUCCCCAAAGGUACACCGGCCCCCUUUUUAAGAGCUGAACCAGGGCUAAUCUCCUGACAAACUAGUGUACAUGUAGCACUAACCCUAUACUGGCUGAAGUUGGCUAGCAUGAGGAAUACUAGGCUCCCUAAAAAAUGCUUCUUAGAGCAAUUGCAAUCUAUGCCCCAAAGCUCUUGGGCAAACUCAGUCAGUAAGAUUCUCCAUUAUUAUGGGAUUAAUGUGGAAUCCCUACCAAAUUUUGACUCUAACGGAGUCAAACAACACAUCAAAGAAAAAAUUUAUUCUGACUCUAAAUAGAGGAACCUUCAUUCACUUUCCCAGAUAGCAUACACAUCGUGGUAUCUAAUAUAUAAAACAUAUUUUGGGCUGGAGGAGGACUUUAUUAAUCUCAUGCUGGAACCAUUUAGAAAAGCAUUUACAGCUCUGCGUCUUCAUUGUACGCCCUCUGCAUAUCUAAUUGGAAUACCCUGUGUACCAAAGGCUCUGCAUCUGUGAGUCGUGAGACAUGGAGGACAUUCAACACUAUUUGUUAUGAUGCCCUUUAUAAGCCCUUGUCCCCUAGACAAGAAUUCCUCAAUUGCAUCCUUUGCUCUCUUUCUAACUGAACUCCCCUUGAGCGAAUCUCUAUUUUGCUGGCUGGCAAUAACUUAUUUACUACUGCACUGGUUGCAAAAUUUGCCUUGGCUGCAAGUAAGUUGAGAGCUAGGCACCAAGACAGGUAUCAUAAGGGGAAUGUGAGAAGUGGAGUGCUUAACUUACGCAGGUGUAAUUUUUGCAUUUUUGUAUGUAUGCUUUGCUAUUGUUGUUGUUGUUGUUCAGUUUUAAAUCAGUUAUUUGUAUUCUACGCAUCGUGACCAAUUGUGAUGGCUUAUAGCUUUUUCCAAUAAAGAUUUCAUUCAUUCAUCAGCAGAUCCGAGCCACUGAA